AUGGUCCUUCUGGUCGCGACGGAUCGUAUUCGAUCGGCUUUGGAGGCUGUAUCGGAAUGCAAACGGAAAGAACUUGAUCUCCCUACCACGAUCGAUGUUCAUGGGCCGAUCUCACACAGUCAGCUCCUGCAUUUAUCGAAGCAUUUACAGAGUGACUCGGAGUAUGACCCUGUAGAUUGUGGGGUCCCAGAUACGAAUCCCACAAUUCUCAGUGCGCUUUUAAGAGGCACGAAGGUCUAUGUUCCGCCAUCACCUAAGAAACCUGAACCGACACCCGAAUACCUCGCCUCAAAAGCCCGUCUACAAGCCCUAGCCGAAAAACAAGCAUACCAACGCCUCCUAAACCCAAACUACACCCCUCUCCCCGAAUACGCAGACCAACAAGCCCACGGCCUAAACGGCGAAGAAACAGAAGACACACUUACACCUUCCUUGGUCCUUAAUAUCUUUCUUUCUGUCGUUAUUACCGGAUUCGCCGUAUACUGGGCGUUGGGAAGCUUCUAUAUGCCGCGUAUUCUGGCCCAGGUGUUUACGUCCUGGACCACGUCGUCGGUUAGUAUUCAUGAUCGGUAUGAGGGGGUGGGAGCAUCGCAGGCUGUUAGGGUUUUGAUUUCGUUUAUUGCUGCCUUGAGUGUUGCUGUUGCGGAGUCGUUUUUGUAUGGGCUUUAUCUUGGGAAGGUGGAGGAGGCUAGGAGGGUGGAGAGGGGGAGGAAGGAGGAGAAGGUUGUCCUGGGAUCUUUUGGGGAUGAUGAUGGGGAUGGGGAUAAAGUGGAGAGGGUUGUUGGGGAGAAAGAGGAGAUUUGGGGGAAGGGGGUUAAUGGGGGGAUGAGGAGGAGGGUGAGGGAGAAGUGGGAGAGGGAGCAAGAGCAAGAGCAGGAGCAGGAGCAGGAGCAGGAGGGACAGAAGGAUAAGUUGGAGGAGGUGAAGGUUCAUGAGAAAAACUCUUAG